UGACUGCUGGGUUAUCCGGGUCACCUUUGUUACAUCACGCCGGGUUGCGGCUAAGUGGCUGUGUAAACCGGGCUGAAUUCCCGGGGUGCGGACGCCAUGUUCUCGCUCAGCAGCACGGUGCAGCCGCAGGUUACGAUACCGUUAAGUCACCUCAUUACUGCCUUCCACUCCCCCAAAACUGCAGCGUACUUUCCCAGUUCAGCGUCCAUCCAGGUUCUUCAACGUGAAGUCACCGCUGACCCGGAGACCUGCAGCGCUGAGCCUCUUUUAAAUCUCAGGGACCUUGGCUUGUCUGAGUUAAGGACCACUGACCUUGAUACACUUGUGAACAGGCUGCUUCCUGGCUUCUUCUCCGAUAAAAAGAAACCCCCCUCUUGCUGGCACACGUCAUAUGCCUCCGCAGAAUCCUUCUUUGAAAACAAAAAUGAAUAUCCAGACACUUUCAGAGUUCUUCGGCCCAUUUUCACACAGCAACCAAGCCCACUGAAACAAGUCAGCACCGACCUCCAUCGUUGGCCUGGUUACAUUCAGUCUCGGGGAUUCAAGACUUUGAAAACAAGAGAGAGACGCCUUCAGUCCACCUCUGAGCGCAUAGCUGCAGCAGAAAAUGUCACCCCAUCGUUCAUGAAGGGAUUCUUGAUGAGAGAGAGAAUGCCAGAUGUAGAAAACUUAGACAAGAUUGUGAAAAAUAAAAAUGUUCCAGAAGGACAACAGGAUGCAUUUAAGACCGGAUUUGCAGAGGGUUUCCUGAAAGCACAAGCUCUCACUCAGAGGUCCACUGAAUCCCUGAAAAGAACCCGCUACAUCCUGCUGGCUGUAUUGUUACUUGGCAUCUACGGUUUGUCAAAAACCCCAUUUCUGUCAGUUCGUUUCAGAGCGACAUCUGGCCUUGAUGCAGCUGUUGAUCCAAUUCAGAUUAAAAAUAUCACUUUUGAGCAUGUGAAAGGGGUUGAAGAAGCAAAACAGGAACUACAGGAAGUGGUAGAGUUUUUGAAAAAUCCUCAGAAAUUCACAGUUUUAGGAGGCAAACUUCCCAAAGGCAUCCUUCUAGUUGGUCCACCUGGAACUGGGAAGACUCUGCUUGCUCGAGCUGUGGCGGGGGAAGCCGAUGUACCUUUUUAUUAUGCUUCAGGUUCCGAAUUUGAUGAGAUGUUUGUCGGCGUCGGAGCAAGUCGCAUUCGAAAUCUAUUCAGGGAAGCCAAGACCAACGCACCUUGUGUCAUAUUUAUAGAUGAGCUGGAUUCUGUAGGGGGUAAAAGAAUCGAAUCCCCCAUGCACCCAUAUUCCAGACAAACGAUUAACCAGCUCCUUGCAGAAAUGGAUGGCUUUAAACCCAAUGAAGGGGUCAUAAUCAUUGGAGCAACAAACUUUCCAGAAGCUUUGGAUAAUGCUUUAAUACGCCCAGGUCGAUUUGACAUGCAGGUGACAGUCCCCAGGCCAGAUGUGAAGGGACGCACAGAAAUUCUUAAAUGGUACCUCAGCAAAAUAAAGUAUGACCAGUCUCUUGAUGCUGAAAUUAUUGCUCGUGGCACCGUGGGAUUUUCUGGAGCCGAACUGGAGAAUCUGGUGAACCAGGCUGCUCUGAAAGCUGCUGUAGAUGAAAAAGAGAUGGUUACCAUGAGAGAACUGGAGUUUGCCAAGGAUAAAAUACUCAUGGGGCCUGAGAGGAGAAGUGUGGAGAUAGAUGACAAGAAUAAAACAAUUACUGCCUAUCACGAGUCGGGACAUGCAAUUAUCGCCUAUUUUACCAAAGAUGCCAUGCCCAUUAACAAAGCGACUAUCAUGCCCCGGGGGCCAACACUCGGUCAUGUUUCUCUUUUGCCAGAAAAUGAUCGCUGGAGUGAGACGAGGUCCCAGCUCCUUGCACAGAUGGAUGUAAGCAUGGGCGGCAGAGUGGCUGAGGAAAUGAUUUUUGGGCCAGAAAACAUAACUACAGGGGCUUCUAGCGAUUUUGACGGUGCAACAAAGAUAGCAAAGCUAAUGGUAACAAGAUUUGGAAUGAGCGAAAAGCUAGGGGUAAUGACUUAUUCUGACACUGGGAAACUGAGUCCAGAAACACAAGCUGCCAUUGAGCAAGAAGUCCGUACACUGCUGAAGGAUUCUUAUGAACGGGCAAAAAACCUUCUGAAAAGUCAUGCGAAGGAGCAUAAAAAUCUGGCUGAAGCUUUACUAAUGUAUGAAACUUUGGAUGCCAAAGAAAUUCAGAUGGUAUUAGAAGGAAAGAAGCUGAGAUGAUACUAUCGAUGUAGCGGACUGAGCGCCUCAUUGUUUUAUUGUCUCUGCAUAAUUCGUUCUUUAUAUUACGUACUACUCUUUAUUUAAGGUAUGCCAAAAUAUCGCUGAACUUAAAAAUCCAAUCUUUUCUUUCCUUGCGUAUGCGGCUUCACCUUCACUGAAUUAGUACAUUGAAAAGAGAGGGUUGUGUCCAGCAGAAGUGAGAAUGACCUCAGGGCUGUUUACAUAGGUAACUGGUGAUCUAGAAAGCCCACACUACAUCACAUUGACAGCUCACUGGACAAUAUACUGCCUAUGUGGCUGCAUCCAUCACUUCUGUGCAGAUACACAUCCCCUUCACAGUAUAAGGCCUCUUAAGUCAUCUACUGCUAAGAUGUGUACAGUAACCUCUGAAGUACUUGAAAGAGUCAGGGGGGAAAACAAAAGGGUGGCCAAGAGAUCUUCUUAUCCGGAAGCUAAAAAGCGGAUCUUAAAGGGCAUCUGUCAGCAGAUUUGUCCCU